GCAAGCAGCAGAGCGCAUUUACAUUGACGAGGAGCGUCCCGACUUUACGCACACACCAAGUUUUGAGUGUAGUUAGAAGUUGAACUUCCAGAGUCUGCAGUUAGCGUGUGGUUGCUUAUGUUCAACGAAGAAGAAAGAGAAGAAGUGAAAUAGAAAGCUGGACUGGAUGCGACUCUGAUAAAUUAUGCCUCUGAGUGUGAUUUACUGAGUGGGAGUGCGCUCCUCUGGGCUGUGGUGGAUAUAUGGUUGACUCAAACAUCCACAACAUAUGUGAUACAAUUUGCUUCGGUGGAACUAUUUCAUAAUUAUUGUGAUGGAGAAGCGCGUGCUUUUGACAUGGAUUCUGUCUUGUUUACUCCUGCGGCCGUCGGCCCCGCAGAACCCCGCACCUGCAGGAGUGCUGAACUGCUGCGAGGGUGAUGUCCUCUUCGUGUUGGACUCCUCUGGGAGCGUGUCGUCCUACGAGCACUCCCGCAUGCUCACCUUCCUGUCUGAGCUCCUCCUCCCCUUCUCGCUGGGAGAGGACCAGGUGAGGGUAGGGCUUCUGCAGGUGGGCACCAACCCACGCCUCGAGUUCGGCUUUGACACCUUUAGCACCCAAAGUGGCCUCCAGGGGGCUUUGAGGAACAUCAAACCUCUCAAGGGGGAUACCAACACUGUGGAGGCACUGAGAAUGGCGAAGGAGCGGGUGCUGAGACCAGGGACAGCGGACGGGGCCCGGGCGGGGCUGCCCAGGGUGCUGGUGUGGUUGACGGAUGGGGUAAAACCAGGGGAUGUGCUUGGACCAAUGGCCGAGCUGCGGGAGGAGGGCGUGGCCGUGCUGGUGGUCUCCACUGGGCACGGAAACUAUCAAGUGCUGAGGCAGGUGGUGAGCCCGCCUGUGGAAGAGCACCUGUACUUUGUGGACAUCGAUGAUAUGAAUAUCAUCACAGAGGACCUGCGGGACGCCAUAAUUGAGAUCAUUCGAGCUGAACGAAUCCAGGUCCGUGACGUCUCCACCAAUUCUGCCACACUCCAGUGGCGGCCUGUUCUCUCCGGUUUGACAGGGCACUAUGAAAUCCGCUUUGGUCCGGUUCUGACGGGAGGUGGCGAAGGAGGUGGAGCUGGGACCAGUCCAAGCACCGGUGGUGGUCAAUACCAGAGACUUAUCCAAUCUGCCGAGUCCAGCACUGCGAGGCUGACAGGCCUGAAGCCUGACACCACCUACACUGCCACACUGAUCCCAGAGUCCAACGAACAAGCAUUUAACACACUCUCUACCACCUUCACAACAAAGCCAGAGGUGCUAAGCCCAGCUGUGGUAACCAUCUCUGAGUCGGGACAAACCAGCGUUCAGGUGAGUUGGGGUCCUCUUCAGCCAGAGAAGGUGACAAGUUACUACAUCGAAUACGCUGCCCUGCCCAGAGGCAAGCUCCAUGCUGUCACAGUUGGCAGAACACAAAACUCCACUCUCCUCAGAGACCUCCAACCAGAUACCACUUACUUGGUCACUGUUACCGCCCGGCACACCUCGGGCAAGGAGAAGGCCAUGUCUGUCAAAGUGUGCACUCAGGAAGUGACUCCAGCCCUGGCAGACCUCCAGCUGACCACAGUGGGCAGUGACGCAGUGCAGGUCAACUGGAAGGGCAGUGUGACAGGUCUGAGGGGCUACUGGCUCACCUGGGAGGGUCAGCAAAGCUCUGUCCCCGGCCAGCGCUCCUCUCUCUACUUGCCACCUGACUCUUUGUCAACACGCCUCACACACCUCCCCCCAUCAGCUAGAGUGUGUGUUUCACCCAUUUACCGGACGGCGCGAGGGGAGGGACUGUGCUGCACGGCACAGUUUCAUUCAGAUGCAUUAGCAUAUGGCAACCAGUUAUAGCACCUCUGAACUGCAAGUGUACCUUACCAAACAUGGAGGGAUGUUGCUGAGAAGAAUGCUGACUUUCAUCCAUAAUUCUUUUCCGUGCCUCUCCCCUCUGUGGACAUCAUCCAGGAGAGAUGUGUGGUUUGGCUCACUGAGCACUAACUUAUGAGGAAACCAUAGACACUUAAGAGUGGUCUGGGACAAUAUGGCUACAUGUUGACUGCGACACAGAGGACUAUUUGCUUUUCCAUUUCUACUGUCUCAUCUGGUUUACACCUGUAAUCAGUGUAUAAUGCUUCAGUUUAAAUAUGUAAACUUAAUACUUUUCUGGUCUGUUUUGCUUAUACAGAGCAGGGCAUGCUGGGAACGUUGGAUGUCUUAUGUGACUUGUUUUGUAGAAUGGCUUUGCACCAUAUGUGGGCCUCGUGCCCAAAUCACCCCCCCAGUCAUGCUAACUCACAGAGAACAUCUGAUUUACAUUUAUAGUAAAUACUUAUGACUUGUACUUAAGUGACUUCUCUUUCAGCACAUGCUUGAAAAUAUUGGAUACUUAUGUGUGCGCACUGGAGUGCAAGAAGGGAACAUUAACAUGCGGUCCCUAAUAACAGGAUCUUCAGGAUUGCUUUGAACUUUCAAGAAAUUACGAACAGACCAGCCAUAUGCCCUGAAACUAUGAAGAUGCUGCAUAUAAUACAGAUGUUUGUAACUGAGACUAGCCCUGUAUUGGUCUCUGGAUAUAGAUCCAUCAUUCAUAUUUAUUAAUCAAGAAUCAUGUUAGUAUGAGAAUUAAUAGCGUACAGUAUUUACAGACAUGUUGUUUACAUAUUAAGACUGUUACCUUUUUUAAGCAGGUCUUUGCUGCCCCCUACUGAAUGGAUCCAUAUGGGCCUACAGCAGAUCUUUCACUGUUAUCUUCUCAGAGCAAAUGUAUUGUUUUAUGUUUGCUGACCACUAUUGAAAUUUAACAAGAGCUUGCAAUAAAGUCCUUUUGUUUAUAUUAAUUGAA